CGCUGCCCAUAAAUACGUCUGUCUGAGAACAGGGUAGCCACGAUCAGCCAUUCAUCUGCCCAACAGAGAGUCACUGGCCAACCAGCAAAAUGAAGUCUCUCCUGCUCUGCUGCCUGCUGCUCCUUCUCUCUCUCAUCUGCCACAGGGGCCACAGCGCCUCCCUCAGUGGGAAUGAAAUAAAGGCUCCAGAACACCCGAUCUCUGAAUCUGAGCAGGGGGAAUCCGAUGCUUUGGGACCUCUGUUCCGGACCAAGAGACACCUCAACAUCUGCGUCUACUGCUGCAAGUGCUGCAAGAAACAGAAGGGCUGCGGGAUGUGCUGUUUUACCUGAACCUUCUUCCCUUCGAUCCAGAAAGGAGGAACAUCAUGAAAGGACCAAGCAAGACCCAACUUUAGGGAUGAGCAGCCACAGACAACCCUCUGCUCUAGGCCUGGAGAUCCUGAUGGUCUUCAAGAAUCAUCUCUAGGUUCUUUGGGGGUCAUUAUAACCGUCCCCUACAAUUCAGGCUCUCAUUGAGACGAUACAGAAUGCUCUGUAUAACCCACACUGGGUCCCCUUGCAUUCCUUACGU